AUGGAUGACACAGGAGAUACUGAAUACAAUAAUACCCAUCGAGCCUUCCUACAAGCCUUUCUUGCCAGAUCAACUUUGACAUAUGAGCAAGCCAAACCCAUCUUAGCAGCAAUUUUUGGCGCUCAAGAAAAGCGUGACUACUUGGUGGAAGAUGUCACUGAAUCUGACUUCAUAAAAUAUGUUACCACCAUUAACAACGCCGUUUCUCCCUAUGAUCUCGAGAUCCGAAGCACUUUCCACCAAAUCACACGACAGCGUAUCUAUGCCUUGGUCAAUUCGACAAGCGACGCCAUUACACAACUCGCGACGACGCACUCAGCAGAUGAGAUCAGCUUCCUCAAGCGCGUCCUUGACGCUAUUUUCGAGACAAACAACACAAGACGACAUGAGGUGAUGGCGAUCAGCUCGAUGCAGGCAGUCAAGCUAGCCAAAGCGCCGAGCGAUCGAAGAACUUCACAGAAUGGGGCAGAGACACAGGGCAGCUCCGGACAGGGUCUUACGCUUGUGCAGGCGGAGAAGAUGCUAAAGACGGUGGUCGAAGAAGGGUGGUUUGAGAAGAGCAGGAAGGGAUUCUACAGUCUGACACCGAGAGCAUUGAUGGAACUCCGAGGCUGGCUGAUGGAGACAUACAAUGACGAGGACGAGGAUGAAGAGGACCGGAUGAUAAGGAUCAAACAGUGCUACGCUUGCAAAGAGAUUAUCACAACUGGUCAACGCUGUCCGAUUCGCGAUUGCCCAUGUCGCUUGCAUGACAUUUGCACUCAGCGGUUUUUCACCACCCAAAAGGGCAAGAGAUGUCCAGUCUGCAAAACGGAAUGGACAGGGAGAGAUUUUGUAGGCGAAAGAGCAGCUGUCGACAUGAAAGAGAAGGCGAAGAGGAGGAGUUCAAACGGAACUUCUAGGCCUGCGCAAUCAUUUGUCGAAGCCGAGUCAGAUGCAGCAGCCGGUGAAGCUGAGGUCGACGAUGAUGACGGAUGA